GUUCCUUUUUUUUUUUUUUUUUUUUUUUUAAACUGUACAUUUUACAAUUGUUAUUGUUGUUUUGCAAUAAUAAUUCUGCAUGGUUCUUGUUCCUGUUCCUCAAGUGUGUGUGUGUGUGCAAAGUACAAUAUUCCAGCGUGCUUUCAUCUCUGUCCUUGAGAAAUACAUCCACAAGCGCAUGCUCUGUUAUGUGAAUUGGAUGCUUGUGAGUGUACUGUGUGAGCCUGUAUGAUUGAUGCAUCAAUAUUCUGUUGGGAUUGGACAGCAUGCCUUUCCUAUUUCCUCCCUCUUCUCCUCAGCCGAGCUGCUGUUACUGCUGGAGCUGCUCCUGCUGCAUGCAUACUCAUGUUUCUGGCCUCUAAUUGCCUUUGUGAAAAAUACAGUGGUUGCAGCAGAUAAACCGAAAGGGAGCGAUGGUUGAAAAUAACUGAGGAUGCAACAUCCAUCCCUGUCGAACAGCAUACAUCUAAAAUCAUGUUUCUGUCUCAUUUUUGUGCAUGAACCAGGGGAAUAGGGGUUAAUAUUUAUUGUAUUAUUAGCAUUUUUAGACUCUGUGCUCGGGUAUAACAUGGCUUCUUCACAUGCAUUUCCAUUCAUUGUGCAUUUAAAAAGAAAAAUCUGCCUCCCCUUGAUAAUCAUCUGACAUCAAAGCCUCCAGAUAAAAUAAUCUGUCCUAAAUUUGCAGAGACAGCACAGCAGUUGGGUCGCUCCAGUCCAUGCAAAUUCAGAUGCUGUUAUAAUAAAUAAAUAAACCCUCUUUCAUUUUAAUACAAAACCAUACCCACUGUAAUUCAGAAUGCUUAAACUGCAGCCAGUACCGCUAAUUAGCUGGAGACUGCAAGUGCCUGAAUUUGAGGGUUUUAGACUCUGUAGCUUGUCUGAAGUGCUUCAGGUUUCUGUCUUUGUGGCAAAUGAGUGUUUGAAAACAUAUACAGUAGUUUCUGAGCAUCCCAACUGUCACAUGAAAGUCAGAGGAAGAGUUCAAAUGAAUGGAAAUGGAAGAGGUUUUUUUUAUUGAAAUCCAUCACAGCUCUCCUUCUUUCCUCCCUUUCCCCAGUUGUUGUUGUCCUUGUCAUGCUGAGCCUGAGGCCACAGAGAACGGUUCCCUGGAGGAGAUGGAAGAGGACAUCAGUCUCAAGAAACGUAAAAGCGAUCAUCAUGGAGAGAAAGAAGUGCAGACCGGGCAGGAAACUGGCGAAAAGGUCAAAAGGAAGCGAGGACGCCCACCAGCCGAGAAACUGCCUCCAAACCCACCUGAACUCACCAGAAUACUGAGCACGCUGGUUGAUAUGGUUAUCAACUACAAGGACGGGUUGGGUCGACAGAUCAGUAAAGGCUUUGUACAGCUUCCCUCUAAGAAGGAGGUACCAGAGUACUACGAGCUGAUCCGAAAGCCUGUGGACUUCAGAAGGAUCAGAGAACGUGUGCGUAAUCACAAGUACAGAAGUGUGGGGGAUUUGGAAAAGGAUAUUUUCCUCCUGUGUCACAAUGCUCAGACUUAUAACCUGGAGGGAUCUCAGAUCUAUGAGGAUUCAAUUGUCAUUAAGUCUGUUUUCGAGAGUGCGAGACAGAGAAUCGUCACAGACGAGGAACAGAAAGAGACGGUUAGCGCCAGUCACAGCGAUAAUGGCGGCGGAGCUGAAGACCAAUUUGUCCCAUCAGCAGUGAAACCAUUACCAGUCCAGCUAAAGAAGGGGAAUGAGGAUGAGAGAAGCAGAAAUACCAUGCCCAAGAGGCUCCACAGUGAUUUAGACAGUGAUGAGGAUCUAGAGGAAAAUACCACAAAAGAUGAAGGCUGAACUCAAGGGCCCUCCAUUUUUUUGUAUUCUGGUUCAUGUCUAUUCUCUGCCACAUCUCUUUUCAUUGGUUUCUUCAUUUUAUAAGCAAAAGAAAGGUCUUCGAAAAUAAAACGGAAAAGACCACUCAAAGAGAGGUACUUAUUACUGACUUAAAAGAAAAAGCAUUGAUCCGAUGCUUUUUCUUUUAGAUGACUCAUGCCAUUCAAACACGUCUUGCUGCACAUAGUGCUGUUCUUUUAAUUUAGCUAGUCUUUUACAAUAAUUUCCAUUUUAUCUGCCUUAGUCCCUGUGAUUGCUUCUGCAAAUAUUCUGUAAAACACCGGUUUAACUGACUGUUUUUAAUCCAUAUAUUUGAUUGUAUGAAAUGCCUUCAUAUGUCUUGGAGCAUGAUAUGUAUAUCUCUCCUGAAGCUGGCUCCUCCAGAGCAGCUCCCGCUGAUGACAGUGUUGAUGUGUUCAGGGUUAGAGAAUUGAAGCACAUGAGAAGGUCUUUUUAAGGGAAAAGAGAACAAAUAAACACUGUACGUUUGUUAAAAAUCUCUGAAUUUGAUUUUAGAGAUGAUACGUCUUUGAUAAAACCACAGUGUACGAGUACGAAGUUAAAGACAAAUAGUCUGUUUCUGACACUUGUUGGAAUAUGUAUGGGUCUAACCAAGGGUACUCAAGUUGAACAUUUGUAUCCCUUGUGCUACAGUAUAUUCAUAUAUUGUACAGUUUGUGUGAAAAGUAAAAACUUAAAAUUUAAAAUUUCUUUUCAUUUACUCUCCUGGUUGUUGGGGGUGGGGGGGUGGAAGACAUCAUUGUUAAGACAAUCCCUUGGAAACAUGUAUCACCUAAACACUUGCAAAAUAAAUUUUACCAAAAAGUC